AUGAAGGCAACCGAUGUCCCGGCAGAGCUAAGGGACUGGCACUUUGGAGUACAACGGGACCUUGAUGCCAAACAGGCCGAGUACUCUGAAGGCCGAUCCCGCCCAGCACCAGCUGUGGCCGCCUCGUCUUCGGAACUAACCCCGCCGGUUGUGACAGCUUCCUUCGAUGAGGUGAUCGACGCUAUUCCGUACAGAACCGAGGUUGAAGACGAUGGCUACCUCAACGAGAUGCUCGGGGUGGACGACAACACGUUCGCCCGGCUCGCUGGUGACAAUCCAGAGCACGAAAAAGUGAUCACCAUCAAGCAGCCAGACAUCCCGAUGGAUUACAUCCUGAAGCCGCCGCGGUAUGCUGAGAUCGAUGACGCCUCUAUCGCAACGAAGUGGCUCGAUCCCAGACGAAGGGGCAUCGACAGGAUUCCAGCCGCCUAUAAAGGCAGGCCAUUCCUUUGUCGAGGCGAUGAGGGAUUCCCCAACAGGCUCUACCACCGCACUACUCAUGAUGCGGCGUUCAACAUCCUUGAGGACGGUUUGGUUCCAGGCUUUCGCCAUUCCGGCAAGUUUCACUGCUACUUUGCGAAAGCCACCCUGGCGGAGCUUGGCAACAAAGCCGGGGUAAGAGCCAACCUCCAUGUGGAAUUGGUCUUCGACACCAUCCAAGUGCUCAAGCAUGCGUAUCUGUUCGAAACAGAAUCCGAAGGCAUCUUGUGCUCUGAGCGU